GAGAAAAAGAGAAAGACGAGAGAAGACGGGAGAGAAUCCGGAGCUCAACACAACAGAUAUGUGGAUUUAACCUGCAAUAACAGUGACAGUACUGUGGAUAACAUAAUAGUGCCAACUGAGACAUGGAUGCCUUCAAGCUGAUGAAGGAGCUGAGGGUGAAUUAUGAGCAGGAGGUUUAUUAUCAACCUAAAGAAACUGGACUGAGCCUCAUCGAAUCCUCGACACAGGAUGACAGCCGGAUCUCGGCCAAGUGCAGAGAUGCCAAAGUGGAGGAUCUGUGGAGUCUGACCAGCUUCUUCGGUUACCGAACGCAGACCUUCGUCCUGGCUGUUAACCUGCUGGACAGGUUCCUGGCCAUGAUGAGGAUCCAGCCCAAGCACCUGUCCUGCGUCAGCCUCAGCUGCCUCCACAUGGCGGCCAAGGUGACGGAGGAGGAGUGCAACCUGACGCCCACCGACGAGCUCAUCCGCAUCGGCCAGUGCAGGUUCACCGUGUCCGACCUCGGCCGCAUGGAGAAGAUCGUCGCCGAGAAGCUCAACUUCAAGUCCAAAGCCAUCACUGCCUUAACGUUUCUGCACUUGUACCACCGGAUCGCACUUUCGCACUCGACCGACAGGAAGGAGAGUCUGAGUCUGGACAAGCUGGAGGCUCAACUCAAAGCCUGUCUGUGCCGGAUCUCCUUCUCUAAAGCGAAGCCGUCCAUCCUGGCCUUGUCCCUCCUGAGGCAGGAGAUCGAAGCCAUUCAGUCGGAGGACAUGCUGGAAAUAGCGUAUCACAUCCAGAGACACCUGAAGAUUGCGGAUGGCGAGCUGCUGCUGUGGAGCGAGCGGGUGGCCCAGUGCCUGUCGGACUACGCCUCCCCCGAAUGCAGCAAACCCAACCACCGGAGGCUGCAGUGGAUCGUGUCGCGGCGGACCGCCCAGAACCUGCACAGCUACCGGAGCGUCCCCGAGCUGCCCACCAUCCCCGAGGGCUGCUGGGACGAGAGCGAGAGCGAGGACUCCUCCGAGGACGUCAUGAGCUCCGGUGAAGAAUCUCUCAGCAGCUCUUUGGGCAGCGACGCCGAAGGGCCCUUCUUCCCUCUUCACCUCCGUCGCCAAAAGCACCGCCAGUACCUCCACACCUGAAGCCUUCGCCGCUGCCGCCUCCGCCCGCCUCCCCACCACCACCACCACCAUCCACCACCCCGUCCUCCCCUUCAUCUUUUAAUUUAUUACGGAAUAAGCUCCGGCGCUGGCGGAGGUUCGCACAACGACGACCGGCGCCGACUCCUCCCGGUAGAUUCGUUUAGUUCGGCGCAUGUGGAAGGCGUCACAUUCCAGGAUUUAAAGGACGUACACGUGAUGUUUUGGUCUUCAAGGUGCUGAGCUAGCAGACGCUGGGGGGGAACAACCAACCAACCGGGUGCUCGUCCGUCAGAUCAGCCCGUUCGUCCUGUUUAUUUAAUAGAGCGUUUUUGACUGUUAUUAAUCCAAGACUGUUGGAGUUUACUUUGGUGCCCGGCAGCCGAGAGCAGCGGCGCUCGUUGUUUUCACCACUCAGCUCAUUGACGAGCGCGGCGGCUCUCGGCUCUCGUGGCAAACGUUUAAUUUGCACACUUUGUUUUUUUUUCUAAUAUAACUUCAAGUGUUAAACGGUGGAACCAGAGCGUCGGAGUUUGUGACGCCACCGAGUGUUCAGAUAAAACAAAAAAAAAAAACAUUAACGAGUGCGUGUUUGUGGACGUGUGUGUACGUAUGAUCCUGGUUUAAAUAUAAGAAGUUGCCAACUUUAGGAUGUAGCUUGACUUAGACGAGAAAACACAAAAAGUCUGUGGUGUUGUGAAAGAAUGUCGAAGUAAAUAAUGCCGACCGAGUGUCAAAAAAAAAAGUCUAAAAACCACAAAAAUGUUGAUACAAAAACAUGUAAAACUGUAAAUGAUGUACAAAAAACAAACAAAAAAAAUCUGUUAAUAGUUCUUUGUAGAUACUGAGUUAUUUAUUCUUUUUUGUCACCUGUACUGGAAAAAGAAAAUCUUAUAAAAAAUAUUAUUUUUAA